CUCUGUCGCUCGCUCGUUCUGGUCCCUCCCUCGCAUUCAUUCCUUCUUUGAGUCCAGGAAUCUAGGGCAACCAAACGGCUCGGUUCGUUCCUUUCAGCCAUGAAUAUCUUUCGAUUUGUAGGCGAUGUGAUGCAUUUGGUCAGUAUUGUGAUACUGCUGCUUAAAAUCUAUGCCACUAAAUCAUGUUCAGGGAUUUCGCUCAAAACGCAGGAGCUUUACGCGAUAGUAUUUCUGGCUCGGUACUUAGAUCUCUUCACGGAUUUUAUUUCUCUUUAUAAUACUGUGAUGAAGCUGGUAUUCAUAGCGAGUUCUCUUGCUAUCGUGUGGUGUAUGCGGAGUCAUCGUGUCGUUAAGCGGUCUUAUGACAAAGAGCUGGACACCUUCCGCCAUUAUUUUCUUGUUUUGGGGUGCUUUAUAUUAGGGCUUCUCGUUCACGAGAAGUUCACAUUACAAGAGAUCUUCUGGGCAUUCUCUAUAUAUUUGGAAGCAGUUGCAAUUCUUCCGCAGCUGGUUUUGCUGCAGAGAAGUGGAAAUGUGGACAAUUUAACGGGCCAAUAUGUCUUCUUCCUUGGGGCUUAUCGUGCAUUCUACAUCCUUAAUUGGAUCUACCGUUACUUCACAGAGCCACAUUUCACUCGAUGGCUAUCCGUCAUAUCUGGUCUUGUCCAGACAGCUCUUUAUGCUGAUUUUUUCUAUUAUUACUUUUUGAGCUGGAAGAACAACGCAAAGCUUCAGCUUCCUGCUUGAAUCAAUUGAGAAUGCCAACUGUGUUACACGUUACUGAUGAUGACAGAUAUGUGAUGGUUUGGAAGCUUGUGGGCUAACUUUUGGGUUUCUGAGGUGUUGUGGUUGUAUCGUUUUCUGGAGACUGCACAUAGCAGGGAAGGAUACAGGUUAAGUUCAGACGAGGAUAAAAGCAUCAUUUGUACCAAGGAAAUAGUAGUAGAUUGGUUGAUGCACCUCACACUAAUUUGUAGAUGUACCAAAACACCCCUCUUCAUAUGGAGGGGAUAGCUUUGAAGUGUGUAACAUGGCUGUCCCUUAAACUUCAUUACAUUGCAUA